AUGCCUCUCAUGACAAUUUCAGACUCUGUCAAGGACUCACUUACCAAGAGUGAAGUUGUUCCUACAGUUAUUCACGACAAGUCUUUUCUACCAAAGGGCUUUUUGACCAUCCAGUAUGAUUCAGGUAAGGAGGUCGCAUUGGGUAACAACAUCCGGCCCGCCGACUCCAAGAACUUGCCUAGGAUUGACUUCACUUUGAAUCUUCCAAGCGAUGCUUCUUCCACUUUUAAUAUUUCUAAGGAUGACCGUUUCACUCUUAUUGUUACCGAUCCUGAUGCACCAACCAGAAACGAUGAAAAAUGGUCCGAGUACUUGCACUAUCUUGCAGUUGAUGUGCAAUUGAACACUUUCAAUGCCGAGAAUGCAUCCUCAAAUGACCAAUUGAGUACAGCUGAUCUCAAAGGUAGGACUUUGUACCCAUACAUCGGUCCAGGACCACCUCCAAAAACGGGAAAACACAGAUAUGUGUUUUUGCUUUACAAGCAGACUCCAGGUGUCACACCAGAAGCUCCAAAAGAUCGUCCAAAUUGGGGUACUGGUAUAAGAGGCGCAGGUGCUGCUGAGUAUGCAGAAAAAUACAAGUUGACACCUUAUGCUGUCAACUUCUUCUACGCUCAGAAUGAUCAGCAGUAG